AUGGCUAAUGAUGAAGAACCAACCCAGUUAGCAAAGUCCUUCGAAAGCAAUUUUACUACGCCUGCCAUAUUUCGGCAUUUCUUCGCUGUUGGAAAAGAUAUACUGGAUUAUGAUAACUCGCGUGAGCUGGGCACGUGGUUUCUCAAAUGGUACUUUGAGGUGAAGCUAUGGGACGACAUUGCUGAGACGGAUGACUGA